AGCAGCGUUGAAUUUGCUGGAUUGGAGCUGACGCCCGUGCUCUGACACCUUCCCUUCGUUACUAAAUUAGCUCCGUGUGGACCUCCGGGCAGUCCCUACACACAGAGCGAACGCUCCGGAACGCUCGGCGACAGCCAAUCAGCGUGUCUCCCUGCUUUGUUAGCUCUCCUCUGGCAAAACAACAGCUCGUUUCGAUUUGUUUUUCUUUUCGCCGCGUAGCCACCAAAAAACAGAGCGAGUAAAAUGUUAGAAUAAAUAAAGCUUGUAUUUGUGUUUGGUGUUAUUAUCGUUUUGGUGUUAGUCUAGACUGAAGGCAGAGGAAGUUGGAACUGCCGACGCAUCGUUCGCUGCUAGCUAACUGGAGCUAAUAUCGAGCGACCCAACAGAGAAAGCAGAGAUGGGGUCCAUCCUGAGUCGUAGAAUCGCUGGUGUUGAAGACAUCGAUAUUCAAGCCAACUCGGCUUACCGAUUUCCACCGAAAUCUGGGAAUUAUUUUGCCAGCCACUUUUUCAUGGGAGGAGAAAAAUUUGACACACCACAUCCAGAGGGAUACCUUUUUGGGGAAAACAUGGACCUGAAUUUUCUUGGAAAUAGGCCAGUGCAGUUUCCAUAUGUAACACCUGCACCCCAUGAGCCUGUGAAAACCCUGAGGAGUCUGGUGAACAUCAGGAAGGAUUCUUUGCGUUUGGUCAGGUAUAAAGAUGACUCUGACACACUGGUGGAGGACGGCGGGAAACCAAAGGUCCAGUAUGGUGUGGAGUUCACUUUUGAUGCUGAUGCUCGAGUGGCUAUCACCCUCUACUGCCAGGCAUUUGAGGAGUUCUCCAAUGGCAUGGCAGUGUACAGCCCAAAGGAUCCGUCGAUGGCCUCUGAAACUGUGCAUUACAAGCGGGGGGUGAGCCAGCAGUUCUCCAUGCCGUCUUUUAAAAUAGAUUUCAGCGAAUGGAAAGAAGAAGAUCUGAAUUUUGACCUCGACCGAGGAGUGUUUCCCAUGGUGAUCCAAGCUGUGGUUGAUGAAGGGGACGAUUUCCUUGGACAUGCUCAUGUGCUUUUGGCAGCAUUUGAAAGACAUGUUGAUGGGAGUUUCUCAGUGAAACCUCUGAAGCAGAAGCAAAUUGUGGACCGUGUAAGCUACCUCUUGCAGGAGAUUUAUGGAAUCGAGAACAAAAACAACCAAGAAACUAAGCCAUCUGAUGAUGAGAACAGUGACAACAGCAACGAGUGCGUCGUGUGUUUGUCUGACCUGCGAGACACGCUUAUCCUGCCCUGCAGACACCUGUGUCUCUGCAACUCCUGUGCAGACACUCUGCGGUACCAGGCCAACAACUGCCCCAUCUGCAGGCUGCCCUUCAGAGCCUUGCUUCAGAUCAGAGCUGUGAGGAAAAAGCCUGGAGCUCUUUCUCCUGUGUCCUUUAGUCCAGUUCUGGCUCAGACUAUGGACCACGAUGAGCACUCAGGCACAGACUCAGUUCCUCCUGGCUUCGAGCCCAUCUCACUGUUAGAGGCCCUGAAUGGUUUGCGCUCGGUGUCUCCUGCCAUCCCAUCAGCCCCCCUCUAUGACGACAUCAAUUUCUCUGGGGGUCUGGGAGGGGACAACAGACAGUUAAGCUCUCCAGAGCAUUUAAGCGAUGGAAGUCUGCAGAAAGGCAAAGUCAGCAAGUCACCUGACAGCACCCUGAGGUCUCCAUCGUCUCCAAUCCAGGAGGAGGAUGAAGAGAAGCUGUCAGAGAUGUCAGAUGCUCAGCCACACACUCUUCUGUCCAGUAGCCCCGCCCCCACAGAUGCCACAGCGACUGAGGACGUGGCAGAAUCCCUGUCUCCAGAUGACGAGGACAGGAUGCAUUCUGGAGGAGACAUUCUGCAGGACUGCAUCAGUGAACACAGCAGCUUGACCAAAACAGAGAGUGACCCACCAGGUGAUCUGUCUUUGCCAGGGUCAUCAGAAAGCCUGAAAAGUCAGAGCACAAACUGCUCCAGCCAGCCUCUCCUGUGUCCCACGAGCAGCCUUCAUAUGGAAGAUGAACAUCUCAUCCACUAACUCCUCCCAUCUUUGCUUCAGAGAUCAUCCAGCUCUUUCAUUCCUUUCACCCCCACAGCUUAGUCUUCUGCUCGUGUGAUCAGAGCUGACAACAGCCCCGAAAGGACGUUAACAAGAGUGAGGCAGGACUCUGUUUAUUCCAUCAGCAUCUCUUGACAAAACAAAAGAAAUUGGACUGUCGCAAAGAUGUUUGUGAUGGCUUGUUCUAUGACUGAAGUUUAAAAAAAAAAGAUCACCUCAGCUUUUUAUUAACUCUCAAAUGGUGUUCAGUCGUCAAGUUGUUGUUUAGUACUGUUUAUUCCAGAGAAAUUUCACUACCUGCCAUGGUGGUGCUUUUAAGCACACUUACUUUAAAUUAACGCUGUAUCAAAGUUUUUGACACUAAAUUCUAAAGAAUUCAUAAAUAAGGAUUGUGUUUGGAAAUCAGUGACACACUUUAAUGACUUGACACUUAAAGCAUUUUAUUCCUGUCAGGCUGAUUUAUGGGCUAAAGUUUGUAUUACUUGUGUAUCCGUGUAGCCAUUUGAGGUGAUUUUGCUCUCCUAACAAAAUCAGUUAUAAUUCAUUCCUCACAACAAAAGUAUAUAAUGACAUAUGUCUUAAGCUGUCUGCUGUCUAAAACAUCAACACGUGGUUUUAUCAUUUCAAACUAUAUAUCUAUGUAUUACAACUAGAGUCCUGUGUAGUUGCCUUUAAAAUUGUACAUUUUUUAUAUAUAUAUAUUAUAUAAUAUAUAAAAAAAUAUAAAUAAAGGAACUACAUUCAGUUAACAUGCACAAUAUUUAAGACUUUGAUAAUCAAAAAGAGCUACAGAUUUACAUCCUAACAGCUGAACUCAAAGAUAGCUAAAGCCUGCUACAAGCAUAGAUGCUGCACCUACAUGUUUGCUGACUUAGUGUGGCACAGUAAGGGUGCUCGUGGUAUAUGUGGCAAAUUUCUACAGUCCCUUUUUUUUCCCUGUGGCAAUGCCAGUGUCUGCUUCUGUGAUGUAGCUGCAAAAAAAGGGGUCACGUGUUUGUGUGGCUGCAGCGACUGUACUUACCUUGGUUGUGUACGUGUAGCACACUGCAUAUAGAUCUAUGUGCCUUGAAUUAAUAUGGCUGCCUGCUUGUUGCAAUGGACAUUAGUGUUCUUAAAAUGCCACAGUAUACAACAGUUUCAGCCUGUAGACAGGAUUUUUUUGAUGCUGAUGUACAGACCCUCUUCUUUUUUUUUUUUUCUAUCGCAAACUUCAUGCUACUGGAAAAACGUAUCUUGUUAUCGAGCAAUAUUCAAUUGAACUGUUCAUUUACUAUGUUAUUGCCAUGUGUUGAUUAUGCAUUCAAUAUUAGUGUUUAGGUUCAGGUGGGUUCUCCUCGUAACAUUUGUGUUUUUGAAAGGAAGGCAUCCGAUGCAAUAGAUGCAAAGGUAAAUGCAUCUUAAUAAUUGGGCUCGCAUUUGCAUGUGAAUUUGUAGAUGCUUAAACCUCUGACUCCUUUGAAUUCUUUUUUUCUUUUGGUAACGUGCUUAUUUUGUCUUUACCCCCUCCUUUUCUGUGCCAUUUCAACUUGACACUGUGCCUUCCUGUUCUGACCACUAUUGACCUGGUAUCCAGGAUAACUCCACACUAGGUGGUAUUUGGCUCUCUGUAAAAUCAAUACCUGUCUUUUCCUGUGUGUGUGUGUAUAUAGCAGCAUGUGUAUAACAAUAAAGAAAGAAUCAUUACUUCAA